UGCAUAUGGAACAGUUCUGGGAUGUUUUAUUUCAGCUCAUAAAACCAACACUUUACAUGUUGCGUUGAUAUUUUUGUUCAGUAUACAUAUAAACAAUAUUAGGUAGGUAGGCCAAUGACAUGAUAAUUUCAGUAGUCACAGCUGUUCACUCUGAAUCACGUUCAUGUCUGGGUGCGGCACAUCGUUUGACGCCUUGGUUGGCGCUCGCUGACGCUGCUGUCAAAUGGCAACUGCCAACGCUCAAGAAGGAAACUCCUCCCUGUUGACAGCACGUUCUGUCGCCGCCUCAGCACAAUGGUCUCUUGGAUAAUCUCUAGACUUGUGGUGCUUAUAUUUGGCACAUUAUAUCCUGCAUACUACUCAUACAAAGCUGUCAAGUCAAAGGAUGUGAAGGAAUAUGUUAAAUGGAUGAUGUACUGGAUAAUAUUUGCCCUAUUCACCACCACGGAAACCAUAACAGAUAUAUUUAUCUGUUGGGUUCCUUUCUAUUAUGAGCUGAAGAUUGCCUUUGUUGUAUGGUUACUGUCUCCCUACACAAAGGGGUCCAGCGUUCUAUACAGGAAGUUUGUUCACCCAACACUUUCUUCAAAAGAAAAGGACAUUGAUGACUAUCUCUGCCAAGCAAAGGACAAAAGCUAUGACACUCUGGUGACUUUUGGGAGGAAAGGUUUGAAUGUGGCAGCCACAGCUGCAGUACUGGCUGCGACAAAGAGCCAAGGAGUACUGUCAGAUAGACUGCGAAGUUUCAGCAUGCAGGACUUGUCCGCCUACCAGUCCGACCCAACUGAGAUGGACCCUGGAUCUGUCCACACCCAGUCUGCAGCUGGACAACAAAGGGCCAGGACGAUGAUGCGCAGCAAGUCAGAGAUCGGCUACACCAAGGGGCAGGACUUUGACAUGACUGAAUAUGAGGUGUUGAGCUUCGAUCAGUGUGACACCAAGGAACCACUGUCCCAUCCUAUUACACUCCCCGAACCCAUGACUGAACCCACAACCCCUCUGACCAUCCAGUCCUCUCUACCCUCUCCACCUCCAUCCCCUGCUCCCCCAGCAACAGAGCAGACUGAGGACAUGAGGAUAGGGGGGGAAACAUCCACAAGCUCCCCACAGCUCAGGUUGAUUAAGAGGAAGGUACCUGAGCCUCCUCCUAGAGUCUUAAGGCCUCUCACAAGACUCAGGAGUGCCCAGCUGUCUUCAAACAGAGAGGCCAUGUGAUAUUCUGUGAAUGCUCCCAAGACUGCUUUAGCUGCGAGGGGAAGAGGGUAAAUAAGGAAAUGUGGCCUAAAGCUAAAUGUAUAAAGCAGCCUUGUUUUAGAAUAAGGAAACCAAAGUGACUUGUGAAAGUCUAUACACCCCUUGCACAGUAUUCACAUUUUGCGGCCAGAACAUUUUAUCAAAAAAUUCUGGGGCUCUACAAAUCUUACUAAACAUUUUCAAAGUGAAAGAAAGUUAUUAUUAUUGCAAUUGUUUUUCAAAUUAGAUAAUCUACAGUAACAAAACAUAAAUACAGCAACAAGUUACAUUGGUACUAUCCUAGCUGUUGGACAAUAAAAACUAAGAAAAAAUACUAUAUAAGUAAGUACAUAACAUCCCCUACCACGUUUAGGAUGGGCCAUAACUUCCCUACCCAGUUUAGAAUGGGCCAUAACCUCCCCUACCCAGUUUAGGAUGGGCCAUAACCUCCCCUACCCAGUUUAGGAUGGGCCAAAACUUCCCCUACCCAGUUUAGGGUUUACCUGAAGAAAUGUGUCUGGGGUAUACUUUGCUCUCUAACUAGAUGUUCAAAGGGGAUAAAUACACGGUCAUGGAAAAGGUCUGUUACACUCUUCAAUCCUUUCUGAAACCAUAGUUGGAAGGCUGUGUCUAUGAAGUAGGUGGGUUGGAAAUAAAAGGCAUGGAUGAGAUAGCUUGUCUAUAUCCAAAGUGGAUCCUAAACUGAGACCAUAUACUUAGAAAAAAAGGGUUCCAAAAUGGUUAUUCGGCUGUCCCCAUAGGAUACCCCUUUUUGGUUCCGGGUAGAACAAUUUGUGGUUCCAUGUAGAACCCUCUGUGUAAAGGGUUAACUGAAGAACCCUUUUAGGUUCUAGAUAGCACCUUUUUUUCUAAGAGUGUAUCCAGAUGUAACUUUUCAUAAUAGUGUUGUUUGAGUGGUGUUAUUUGCUCAAUGGUAGGGUGGCACAGACUAAAGAGACCGGGGAUGAUGUUUGACAUGAGUACUUUUCCAUAAAGGACCACACCAUUCCUUCCCCAUCUAAAAAUACAGAGACCCAAAAGGUUAUCUUGUGACUAUUGGGAGCCCAGUAGUAAUGGAGGAAAUUGGGUAGGGCAAGAACCCCCCUCUCCUUUCUGUCUUUCCAAAAAUUAAAGUAGAGAUGUCUAUCCAGUUCUUUAAAAAACGAUUUUGCUAUAAAGAUACAGGAAUCGUGGCAUGAUGACUGAGUUGAGUGAUAUGGGGAGUGUCGACCAGCGAUAGAGGUUCUGCUUAACCUUCUCCAAGGCUGGCUUAAAAAUUAAAUUUAACAGAUCUUUGAAUAUAGAAAUGUUUCCUAAUAAAAACCUGAGUUAAUACUUGGUGGAAGCACCACAGGCAGCUAUUACAGCUGAAUGAUUUUGAAAACAAUUUUUACCAACUUUGCACAACUCUUAGGGCAACAUAUGUCCAUUGUUUAUCAGAAUUGCUCAGUAAAUUUGGUUAGGAAUCAUUGAUGGACAGAAACAUUUAAACAUCUCUGAUUUUCAAAAAAAAUGUAUGUCAGGACUGAGACUAGACCACUCAGGAACAGUCUCUUGGAACACCAUUCUGGUGUGUCUUUGCCAUAAACAUUUGUGAAAUUGUGGUAUUGUGGUGGAAGCAUUAUGUUAUGGGUAUGCCCGUCAUCGGCAGGGACUGGAGUUUGUCAGGAUCGAAAGAAAUAUGAAAGGAGCAAAGCCCAGGUAAAAAGUUAGAGGAAAACCUGCCUCAGUCUUCUGAAAACCUAACUCUUGACUAGAGUUGUAUUUUUCCAUGGGACAAUGACACACAUUUUAAUAAUAGCAAUUUUUACAAAAACAAUGGAUAUAUGUUGCCCUAAGAGUUGUGCAUAGUUUGUCAAAUCUUGUAAAAAAUUAUUUUGAGCUGUAAUUGCUGCCAAAGUUGUUUACACAAAGUACAUCCUCAUUCUGUACUUCUUAGUCAUUUAGAAACGUUUCUAUAAUUGUUCCUUCACUUGGAACAUGUGGAAUAUGUUGUGUAGAUAGGAAAACAAUCACAUUUCAUCCCUUUUAGAUUACAUUUUAAGGCAGCAAAAUGUGAUGACUGUGCACAGGGUGUGUAGACUUUCACUAGCGACUGUAGGACCUCUGGCAUAUACUGUAGUGUAAAGGAGACAGAGGGUGUGUGCCAUCGAGGUAGCACACACACACACGAGUGGAUUCCAUAGUGUACAGACAUUUUGGAUUGAUUUGUCAGUCAUUGAAUACUUUUUGUAUGUAUGUACUGUGUGUGUGUGAUAGUUUUUUUUAAAUAUUACGUUUAGAGACAAAUGCAUGUAUGUGUCUCUGGUCAUUUGUCAGGUGAUGUGUCAUAAAACAGAAUGUAUAGUCACUGAAUCCUUUUGUGGCUACUUGGUCAUUGUAUGAGAUGGAAUCAGUCACCAGGAGAGUAGCAGGGUAAAAUACUCUGUAGGGAGAUCUUUUGAGCUGGCAAAUACAAUCUGUACUGACAAUUUAACAGGAAACAGAAUAUUUAAAAUAAUUGUCCAGUCAGGUUAGUAUAUCUCCUCAAAUGUGGUAUUUAUUUAUGAGAGAGAAUAGCAAUUGUAGGAUUGCUGAUUAUUAUUAUUAAUCUACUGGCAAUGGAACUAAGUGUCAAAGUAUGAGUAAAUUGCUCUAAGUUUCACUCGUUACGUUAGCUUAUAAAGCCUUAAACCAUAAAAACAAAACAUUAGGUCUGGUACUACAGAAACAGUCAUAUCUGUACUCUGACAAAUCAUGAGCAAUUCCAUGUGGCCAUAACAAUUACUAAUGUCAUUGACUAUGGGCCCUAUGCACUAUGUUUAGAGUUAGUGCAACAACUGUUCUAGUAAGCAUAAAACGCCGAUCACCAUGUUAUAGAUCAUUACCAAAACUAUUAUUACAUGGGAUUAGUUACUAUUCAAAUAAAUAAAUUGCUCUAAGGAGCAGAAAUAUUGACAUUCGACUUUUCAAGCUCGUUAUGAAUUAUCUGGCAUUGAGGUGUCAUUCAAUUGUUUUGUAAAUGUUUGUAUUACUCAUGUCUUAUGGCAUCGCCAUAAAUGUUUGUAUUUUCAGGUUUAGCACACAAAACAUACUUUGACGUGUAUAGCUAUUGUAUAACAAAAGAUAGCCAGUGGCAAGGGCUAUAUAGGUGGCCCUUCUCAGAGUCUAAAAACACUGAGCAAUUGUCAACUCAUGGUUCUUACUUAAGUCUACUUUUCUCAAUGUAGCCACAAUUGUUGACCUGUCUUUUCCCAGCCAAUGUGCCUGUUGCCUAUUUCUGUGAGGGCAUAGCAAUUCCUAUAGGCCGGUUCCUAACCUUCUGGUGAAGUGUUUUGCCAAAGGUAGUGACAUAACGUCUAUGUCUAAAAUGAACAUUUCUGCACUGUAGGUAUGUGAAUUAACUUGGCUAUUACAUAAUGCUUCACUAAAUAUUAUGCUUGGUGUUUGGGCAGCAUACAUUUUUGUUCACUGUUUUCAAUACAGUAGCUUAAAUUAGAAAUGGAAGCUUCUCCUCAGGUACGUGUUCAGUUUACACAUCAAACACUUUCUGGUAGAAACAUUUUGGUAUAAACUUGUUUGCACAGAGGUUCCUUCUAAUUGGGCCAUUUUCUUUUAGGAUAUAAGUUAUUUAUGGACAGAGAUGUGACCUGUGGUAAAGUUUUAAAUCCUUUUUUGCGAUGUUCAUGUAGUUUCAGUUGGAAUGUAUCUCCUUUUCAAAUACUAACAUAAAAAUAAUAUAUAAAAGUGAAUCAUUUCGGCUGGAAAAGGAAAGUCAUCAUUGCAUGAUGUUUGUUAUUUAGUAAAUAUGAGAAUGAUUUACUACUUUGCAUUGUUUGGAUUAGUGUAUAGUUAUUUGCUUCAUCGAAUGCCUUGCUGAUAACAUUGAUUCUGAAGUGUCUGAAUGUUCUUUUCCUUAUUAUUUUGAAACGCUAUGUGGCAAGGUCAGGAAAGUUCUUCUCGUGGACAAAUACACGUCUCUACAACUUGGAGUCAAAUAAAUUGUUUGAGGAGCGUGUCUUAUCUCUAUGGAUUAAAAAGCCCACAUUCCUCUCUUCUCUCUGUUGGCCUUGGCGUAAAAAAGUCACUUCUGGCAGGCCAUAAUCACUCACAAUGCUCAAACUUUAUUGUGAAUAUCAGAAAAGAAAGAUGUAAAAGUCAGGAAUGAUGGUCUAAAAUGACUGUAUAUGAAAAAUGCUUUCUCUGUAUCACAGUAGGUUGGUGGCACCUUAACUGGGGAAGACAGGCUCGUGGUUAAUGGCUGGAGCGGAAUAGGUGGAAUGUGUCAUAUGUCAAACACAAACACCUAUUCCAUUCGAUCUGUUCCAGACAUUAUUAUGAGCCGGCGUCCCCUCAGCAGCCUCCACUGCUCUGUAUCAUCAGUAUUUCUGUUGGUGAACUGAUAACAGACAAUAAAUGAGACAAUGUGCUGCGGUG